UAGAAGAACAAAGCCAAAGAGGCGUCGAGCAUGGAGAAGAAGCAGAAAAGCAUUCACGACAUCCUCCCUCAUGACCUGAUUCACACAAUCUUUCUGAGAGUGCCGGCCAAACAUCUCGUUCGCCUCAGGUGUGUUUCGAAGCUCUGGUAUUCUCUUAUUUUCGAUCCACACUUUGCGGAAUUGCAUUUUCAGUACUCUCCCGCAGCCACCAACGCAUUCAUCUUCCCAAUAAACUACACUGAGUCUUACUGGGCACUAUUUAUUGACGACAAUGAUACUUCACGCAUAAAAGUGGUGUAUCCCCCUUUCAAGAAUAAAAACUUAGUUUGUGAUUUUAAGGUCCUGGGAUCUUGCAGAGGCUAUGUUCUCUUACAUGGAAACCUAAAUUUUCUUGUGGUAUGGAACCCACUGACUGGAUCCAAUAAAAGACUAUCCUACUCUCAUAUUGUUUCUCGUCGUAAGCACAAGGGCGUUAGCCUUCCCAAGAAGUUCCAUCUCUAUGGAUUUGGUUAUGAUGUUUCACAGGAUGACUACUUAGUUGUUUUAGCUUGGCAGGAUAAGGAUGACCAUUAUCACUUUGAUUGCUUUUCCUUGAGAACCAAUUCAUGGAUUAAUCUUGAUGCUGCACUCCCCAAAUCAUCGGGUCUUAUGGAGUGGCAACCUCAUGGAUUGCUCUUGAAUGGUGCUAUUCAUUGGCUGCCUUUGUCUCUUAAAGCUUACAGGGAUGCUAUUCUUAUCUUUGAUCUGAAGGAGAGGACUUUCUCAAUGAUAUCUGCCCCGGAACAACCUGUAAUGAGUGAAUGCUCCUAUUCAAGACUCGCCUUACUAGGAGGCUGCCUAGCCUUGUAUUAUCACAAUAAGUAUUAUCUCAAUAAUGAUAGUUACUGCUGGAACACUCACAUAUGGGUGAUGAAAGAAUAUAAAGUGCAUUCAUCUUGGACUCUCUAUCAGAUUCCUUGUGAAAACUUCCAGCCUUUGUGCUUAUCCAGUAAUGGUGAUAUUAUUGGAACAGCUUCUAUUUUCUCUCGUAAAGUAGGGACCUUCAUAUAUAAUGUCAGAGGAGACCUCCUCGAGCAUAUUAAAAAACUUCCUUGUCAGUUUCCCUUCCGUGAAACCGUUACUGUAUAUACAGAGAGUCUCUUGCCACUCCCUACUGACAUUAAGGAUAAGGAUAAUCGGCCAUCAGAAUCAGAAAGAUGUCAAACAAGGAAAGAGAAUUAGAACAGAAUGACUGCACGACAAAGACACUUAAUUCUGUUGUAAAUAAAGUGUAGGAUUGACAAAUUGAGCUGGAAGAAGCUUCUAGAGAAUUUUAUUUUAUUUUGGCUUUGCUUUAAAUUAUGAUUUCCCUUCCAACUAUGAAUGUGAAAAACUGGAACAUUUGAAAGUGCAAAUAUAUAUAUAGCUUCCUCUAGUUGAA